AUGUCGAAACAUCCACUGACCAUCUACAACAUCCUUAGUUCAGUUUUUUUCAUCACCUUAACCUUCACUUAUGCCAUUUCUAAAGAUACUGUAACACCAAAAGGAGAAAACCCAAACCCAGAUGACAAACCUUCCCAAAAAGACGAAGAUGGAGGGAAGUCAGUGUGGGCUAGCCAUUGGGCCCUUUUUAUGGGAGUUUUGAUUUUCAUCGCCGUCUCCAUGGUGCUGGCUAUGGUUUUGUGCAUUUGUCUGAAGGUCUGUCGCAAGAAGAAGGGAGGCUUUCCUCAGCCUGAAACAAUAGUGACGGAGGAACCGGCCAGACUGACGUCAUACGGGCAGGUUCAGCAGCAGGCGAUGUCCGAGAAUUCGAACGGAUUGGGAGGUCCACUUCCAGUCGACGAGGAAAGUGGAUGGAUCAUUCCACUAGACCAGAUGACGUCGGAGGAACUCGACCAAACAGAGGCAGCACUUUCGAAAGUGUGA